AUAAAUAUCGUAAACAUUGAAAAGAGGAUGGCUUCAUAAAUCUCUCUUGCGUUAUGCAGUAACUUCGAUUGAGGCUGUAAUUGCUUUUUAUUUACCAAGGCGGCUGUGGAUGCUGGACGUUAAAUGUUCUGUCCGUUGGCAUGGGGGAAACUGGGAAAUGAACAACAUGCCUGCAAAAUGUAACAAUUGGUGAAUCGCACUAACGGGCGUUACGAAAUACUUUAUUCCGAUUAUGGACGUAAUUGCAUUUUGUUUGGGGUUAACUUCCAAAGGUGGCUGGGAAUGCUACCGGCCAGACUCCCAGAGAAGCUGGGCUGCUCGCAAAUUCCCGGACUGCCGAGCCGGCAAAUCGAAGUUUGCAAGCAGAAGCCUGACAUCCUGGGCAGCAUUCAGCGGGGAGCGCGUACGGCCAUCCAGGAGUGCCAGAGUCAGUUUAAACAGGAACGGUGGAACUGCUCGACGACGAGCGACUACUCGGUGUUUGGACAAGAACUAACUCGCGGCUCGCGAGAGACGGCGUUCAUCUACGCGGUGGCGAGCGCCGGCCUCGUCUACUCGAUCACGCGCGGCUGCAGCGCGGGCGAAGUCUCGGGCUGCUCGUGCGACGCCUCGCUGAAGGGCGGCUCGCAGAGCGAGGGCUGGCAGUGGGGCGGCUGCUCGGACGACAUCCGCUACGGUCUCACCUUCGGCCGCAAAUUCGUGGACGCUGCCGAGAGCGCCGCUGGCGGCCACAACGCGCUGAUGAACCUGCACAACGUGGAGGCGGGCCGGCAGGCGGCCUCCAUGCUGAUGACGACGCACUGCCGCUGCCACGGCGUGUCGGGUUCGUGCGCCGUCAAGACGUGCUGGCGGGGCAUGGCGAGCUUCGACAAGGUGGGCAAGCUGCUCAAGGACAAGUACGAGGAGAGCGCGCACGUGGUGGAGAAGUCGCAGGGCAAGCUGCGUCGGCGGGGCAACCUCCACGGGGGCAAGCACGCCGCUCACAAGGACGAGCUCGUGCACGUGGCCGACUCGCCCGACUAUUGCGUGCGCAACGGGGCGCUGGGCACGGCGGGCACCAAGGGGCGUGAGUGCGAUAAGUUCUCGGACGGGCCCGAGGGCUGCGGCUCGCUGUGCUGCGGCCGUGGCUACAACACGCACGUGGUGCGCCACGCCGAGCGAUGCGAGUGCAAGUUCAUGUGGUGCUGCUACGUGAGGUGCAGGGUGUGCGAGACGCUCGCGGACGUUCAGACGUGCAAGUGAAGGAGGGCUUCGCGUGCCCCCCGCCGCCGCCGCCGCCGCAACCUCACCACCCCGCACACCUCCCCCACCCCCCACACACCGUACACAGCUACCC